CCCUUCCUGUUUCAAAUCUGUCCCCUCCUUUCUACAGAUCAGUUUCUAUUUCCUAGUAUUAGUAAGACUGGAGGGUUUAUCUGGUCUGAGGACGGGUAGAACCGUGCAGAAAGAAAAAUCCAGACCAUUGAUUCAGGACUGUCCACCUGAAGGACUACUUACCAGAAAAUUGCAAUGGACCAAAAUAACCAAGAACCAGAGCCCAUGGAGACAAAUGAUUCCAACUCUUCACAGGACCAGGAAAACAUGAAAGAGCCGAGGGGACCGAGGCAAAAUAAAAAGACCAAAAAAAGUAAAGAUAAAGUCUACUUGAAACAAACCAUCAGAGCUAGUGGAGCAACUUUCCUGGAAGUUUUCCAUAAUCUCCUGGAGGAAACGAAAGCUAAUGGGGAGGAAGCCUUUCUGUACAUGCAAAGGGUGUAUCAUUCCAUCUUCUUUUUUGGACACAUAAAUGACCCACAAGUCAAACCCGAGGAAUUUGUUCCUCCCAAUGCAUGGAAUAUCAUAGAAAAGGUGUUUAAAAAGCCUUUAGCAGAAUACAAAACACACUUGCCAUCUCAGACGCCAUACUCCAUCCUCUUGGAAUAUAUUACCAAGUUUUAUGAUGGAAAGAGAGAAUCCAUCUUGAAAGAACUGGAGAAGAGGAACCACGAGUUUUUGACUAAGUUUUAUGACGAUGAAAAAAACCAACUUAGACCCAAAGACUUUGCACUGUCCGCUGCCGUCAUUUGCCACAGCUGUGUUAAUGAUCCCCACAGUGUCAAUACCUACGGGUCAUCCAUAGCCUACAAAGGCAAAGUGCCUAGAAAGAUAAUGAUUGGCAUAUCUACCCUGUUGGUGUGGGACAAAGUUAUUUCAUACGAAGUGAGAUGUGGACAAAGUGGCCAUGGGAUUCAGUUCCCCAACGACGUGUGCUGUUAUUCCUACAAGUUUAAUACUACUACUCGAACCUACAAGCCGAUAUCACCCUGUACUAAAUGUAAGAAAAUGUAUCUUGCUGAAUUUGUUCCCAAAUUUGAGAAUACCGGCAAACAAGAAGAUUGGAGAUUUGGCAAUUGUGCGGAAACAGAGUCUCUAAAUAAUCUGUUACGUAAAAACGAGGACAUAAAAAGAACAAUACAUACUUAUGAUAGUAAUGGAGAGAUUGUGAGUAGAGAGACCAUAGAAAAAAGAUUCAUCAAUGAACACAAGGAUAAAUUGCAGAAAGAGAUUAAAAACCUCUUGGAAUCUUGCAAAUUCAAGGUAAUCCAGAAUGUUCUGAAACUGUUCAAGCCUGAUAAACAAUCCAGCUACCAGCGAAAUUAAAGCCACCCUGUCAUGCUUAUGCCGA